UGUUUGUUGUUUACUAUUUUGUACAAAGUAAACAUGGAUAACUUUGACAUAGAAUGUUCAGAUGAGGAAUUCAAAGAUAUUAAAGGGCCAUGGGAACCGGCUCCAGAAGAAAUUGACAGAAUCUACAAUUUACUUGAUAAAGGGAAAAUUCCCGAGCUAAAUUGGAAGUGUCCCGGAUAUCGGUCGCCGUCUCCCGAAGUAACAGAAGAACCAGAAGAAGAAAUCGACUCCAAACAAGAGGAGGAAAAAACAGACUUUGACUUCAUGGAUGAAAUGACCUCACCGAAGCUGAAAAUAAGGAACAAGGGAGAAGAAACAUUAAAGGGCAGUGCCAAAAAGAAAACAACAUCCUUAGAUGGAGUUAUAAACAAUAUGAGAAGGCACAAUUUACUACCAGUUUCUAAAAGAGACAGUAACACAAAAUUGUGAUAUAAACUAAAAUAUUCAAAAACUUGAACUGUACUAUAGGGCAGAACUGGCUUUACGAUGGAUGUAGUAACCACAAUUUAUUAUGGUGUAAAAAAAUAUAUUUAUUUUUAUAACUGUUAGUUUAGAAUCUUAGUUGUAAAAAAAAUGAAUAGUGGAAUUAAUAAAACAAUUAGUAUAA